AUGAGCAGCUCCAAAAGAAGGAUUGAGACGGAUGUUAUGAAGUUAUUGAUGUCGGAUCACGACGUGGAACUGGUCGAUGACAACAUGCAAGAGUUCCACGUUAAGUUUCACGGGCCGAAGGGGACGCCCUACGAGCGUGGCGUGUGGCGCUUGCAUGUGGAAUUGCCGGACAACUACCCGUACAAGUCGCCCAGCAUCGGCUUUGUCAAUAAGAUAUUCCACCCCAACAUCGACGCGGCAUCGGGCUCUAUCUGCCUGGACGUGAUCAACUCGACGUGGUCGCCGCUGUACGACCUGCUCAACAUCGUGGAGUGGAUGAUCCCAGGCCUGUUGAAGGAGCCGAAUGGCUCGGAUCCCCUCAACAACGAGGCCGCCACGCUGCAGCUUAAGAACCCCCAGAUGUACGAGGAGAAGAUCCAGGAGUACAUCGACAAGUAUGCCACCGAGGAGCGCUACGUGCAGCAGUUCGGCGGCGCGGGCGGGGACGCGGGCGACGGCUCCGAGGACGACGAGGACGCAGACGAAAACCCAAGCGAUGGAAUGGACUACGACGAGGACGACGAGGAACUGAGCGAAAUAGAGGUUGAAGAGGAGGAUGAAGAGGUCCACAUCAGCGACUCCGACCUAUUGGACUAG